AUUACACACGUAGAGUACAUCGCUCACCUCACCCAUCACGCACGUCGCUCUCUCAUCACGUUGAGAGAGAGUGAGUCAGCUCCAGUAUCGUCACAAAUGAAUAUUAAACUUGUGUUGUUGUUGGUAUUGGUGGCGGUGUUGGAGACGAUGCUGGCCAGUGCUCACAUUAUCACCUCCAGCAGGAGGUUCCCCGGGGAGAGGCGCCUCGGAUCUACCAACUACCGUGCAAGCACUUUUGGCGUACGUGGAUUCAUGAACCGUCCUAUUGCUAGACACACCAGAACUCACCAGCAAGGAUCCUUUCCAAACAGAAAGCCUCCACCUGAAUCUUACCCUUACGACAACUACUACUACUACUACUACUACCCUUCAGCAAGAAGAUACUACCCCACUUACGGACGCUACGCCACAGGACGCUACGCCACAGGACGCUACGCCACAGGACGCUACGCCACAGGACGCUACGCCACAGGACGUUACGUCAGGAGAUACUAUGGAUAGGGUUCUCAGCAGUACUGAGCGUCUUUUCCCUGGUUCAAGGUCAUACGUUGUCGUGGAGCCUCAGAGACUAAUUUCAACCUCAUCCUGUUUGGGGCUGGGCAUGGGAACUCAGGAUCGAGUCUUCUCCAGCUGCAGUUCUUUUAAUAUAUAUAACCAUCAAACUGGUCAUAUCCUACCGAGGCAGCGUGACCCAAAAAUAAAAACGAAAAUUUUUCUUCUUAAAUUUAGUAAUGUAAACAGGAGAAGGGGUUACUAGCCCCUUGCUUCCGGAAUCUUAAUCGCCUCUUACAACACGCAUGGCUUACGGAGGAAGAAUUCUGUUCCACUUCCCCAUUGAGAUUAGAGGCAAUAAACAGAAAAAGGAACUAGUAAGAAAAUACAAAAAAACCCAGAGGGGUGUGUGUAUAUAUGAUUGUACAUAUAUGUGUAGUGUGACCUAAGUGUAAGUAGAAGUAACAAGACAUACCUGAAGCCUUGCAUGUUUAUGAGACAAAAAAAAGACACCACCAAUCAUGCAAAACAAUUACAGGUUUCUGUUUCACACUCACUUGGCAGGAC